GCUGGGGACAGCUGUCCGUGUCUCAGUCAGUCGUCGUUCGCUCUGUUUAUGUUUGAAUCUCUCAAAACGCGAGAAUCUUUCGUCGUGAACGGACGUGCGCUUCACUGUUGCGGCAAACUGAGGCAAACAAAAGAAUAUUAGCAACAAACUUGUUUGAUCAACACACAGAAGUCGAAAUACAAAAUUUAAAAGAUAACGGCCAAAAAGGAUUCCUUUGGCACCAAAGUGCCACGUGCAGCGCGAGAAUGCAGUUCUCUUGAGAGCUGAGAACAAACGAUAGGCGAUAAGCGGAAUCGAAAGCGAAGCCAGAUCGCUGAAUAAAACCAAACAAAACAAAACAUAACAAUUGACAACACCGAGAACGAAAGAACGUGCAAACCAGAGAAAAGAGAACUGAGAACGCGCUCAGAUGGCGCUUCAUAGGCUUGGAGCUGGACGCACGGUUCGAACCAUGAGUUGUACUACCAAUUACGCCCUGCUGUUGGCCACCGUCUUGUUGGUGUUAAUCUCGGCGCAUGUCAAAAGCAUUAAGCUGGUGGCGUCCACGUCCAUGGAUCACGUUGCCAUUGACAAGCUGGAGCGUGACAUCACCAACGACAACAAUAACAGCAAUGAAAACCUGAACAUUAACAUCAAAGACUCAGCUGGCAGCCAUCAUUAUCAUCAACAUGUCCGCGGACAGCACAAGCAGCAUCUACAUCACCUCCAACAUCUGAACAAUCGUCGAGAAUACCACAGCAAGUACAGCAUCGAGCAGUUGUUGCACAUGCAUGUGCCCAGAAAGGUGUCCAAUGACAUCGACAUGGAUCCCUGCAAGGCGGGCGGUUUUAUGGGUGACAUUGCACUCCCCGACGGCGAAAUGUUCCCAAUUGUGGCACACACACCAAUAGAUGACGCCGACGAGGAUGAGGAGACGGAGACGGAGCAACUUCCGCCAAAGCUGGAAAGCGAAUCAAUGCCGGCGGAUGCACCAGUGUCUGAUGUGAAAUAUAAUGCGACUUUCCAGCUGGACCUGGAGAGGCUCAAGCAGGAAGUCUACAACGAGGGGCUGCAGGUGGAGGAAGAGGGUCUCACGGAUAUCAUACGGAAAAAGACCAAGCUGCCCAGCACGGAUAUUGUUAGCCAGACAACUGGUCAACCGCUGAUUAAGUCCAGCAGCAUUCAUAGUAAUGACGCCAGCCUGAGUGCCAACGAACCAUUAAAGCCCUUUGCGCAGACGCCAUCUGAUAUUGCCCAUCCGCCCAGUCACAAGAACGAGGUAUUGACGCCGCCAGUGACCACGACUAACCAUGGUCGACGUCGUCCCCUCGCAUCCCAUCCAGAAAUAAAUGUCCCCUCCGGUUUGCAGCAACUGAAUAAAUCACAGACUCUGCAUCGCAAUGUGGAUGCGCGCAAAAUACAAUCCAACAAUAAGGACAUUGAGGACGAUUCGGGUAAUAAUUUUGUGGCAGAGCGACGCCAACAUAUUGUGCCCACAUCCCUGCCCACGCAGAGAUCAACGAUGCCCAAUGUCUACAGCAAUGCCGGAGGCAAUGGCAUGCACUUGGACAGCGACGAUGUGGACUUCCUGCAUGCCCAUGGCGUUGUCCGGCGAAGACACCGACGGGGUCCCAAGCAUCGAAACAAUCACUGGAAAGAGUAUGUCAGCAAGGUGGAACGACUGCGGGAGGAAUUAAAUCGUCCACAGGGUCAGCAUCAUAAGCGACGCCAGAAUCAUCACCAUCAAAUCCAUCAUCAUAAGAAGCAAAAGCAACAUCGUCGUCGUGGUCGAGGUCGUACCACACCGUCUCCUAUUAAUGUCUCCCCAACGCAGACGCAGUCCGAGGAUGAAUUGCUCAGCUCGAAAUUGCCAAAUGUAGAUAACCAGAAGCUGGAGCAGCUGGAACAACAUCAUCGUGUAGCUCGUGCCGUGACCGCCAAAAAGGAACGCAUCUGGGACUUUGGCGUCAUUCCCUAUGAGAUCGAUGGCAAUUUCAGUGGCAUGCACAAAGCGCUCUUCAAACAGGCUAUGCGGCACUGGGAGAACUCGACCUGUAUCAAAUUUGUAGAGCGCGAUGCUGAAAUACAUCCAAACUAUAUUGUCUUUACUGUGCGCAGCUGUGGAUGCUGCUCUUUUGUGGGUAAACGCGGCAAUGGACCACAGGCCAUUUCGAUUGGACGUAAUUGUGACAAGUUUGGAAUUGUGGUGCAUGAACUGGGACAUGUGGUGGGCUUCUGGCAUGAGCACACGCGUCCAGAUCGCGAGCAACAUGUGGUCAUUGAGCAUGCCAACAUAAUGAAGGGUCAGGACUACAAUUUCAAUAUGUUGUCUGUGGAUGAUGUCAACUCCCUGGGAAUGGCCUAUGAUUAUGAUUCAAUAAUGCAUUAUGCACGCAAUACUUUCUCAAAGGGAACUUACUUGGAUACAAUAUUGCCAAUUGAGAUUAAGGGUCGCAAAAGACCAGAGAUUGGUCAAAGGUUACGCUUAAGUCAGGGCGAUAUUGCUCAGGCUAAUUUGCUGUACAAGUGUCCAAAAUGCGGUCGCACCUUUCAGGAGAGCACGGGAAUCUUUGCCAGUCCCAUGUACUUCACGGCGGGUUCGGUAAGCAACGAGACGGAACACUGCGAGUGGCGAAUUACGGCAACACACGGCGAACGAGUUGUGCUGCGACUGGAGAAUAUGAAUAUCUUCAAGUCAAAUAACUGCGAGACUGACUAUCUGGAGGUGAGAGAUGGAUACUAUUGCAAGUCGCCGUUAAUUGGACGCUUCUGUGGCAAAGUGACCAGCGAUGUGAUCACCUCACAAUCCAGUCGAAUGCUCUUGACCUAUGUGAGUACCCAUCGCAGUGAGGGCUAUCGGGGCUUUAAGGCGGAGUUUGAUGUUGUUUGUGGCGGUGAUUUGUCCGUGGAUGAUGCUGAGGGUCGCCUGGAGUCUCCCAACUAUCCACUCGAUUAUUUGCCCAACAAGGAGUGCGUAUGGAAAAUAACGGUGCCAAAGGGCUUUCAAGUGGCGCUGAAAUUCCAGUCGUUUGAGGUCGAGAACCAUGACAGCUGUGUCUACGACUACGUGGAGGUGCGAGACGGACCCGCACAGGAUGCGCCGCUAAUUGGCGUUUUCUGUGGCUACAAGCCACCGCCGAACAUGAAGUCAAGUGGCAAUUCGAUGUACGUGAAAUUCGUGUCGGACUUAUCGGUGCAGAAGGCGGGCUUCUCGGCCGUAUUCAUGAAGGAGGUGGACGAGUGCGAGACACAGAAUCAUGGAUGUGAGCACGAAUGCAUCAACACACUCGGCGGCUACGAAUGCAGCUGUCACAUUGGAUACGAACUGCACAGCGAUAAGAAGCAUUGUGAAGAUGCCUGCGGCGGUACAAUCGAGUAUCCAAAUGGCACCAUAACCUCCCCCUCGUUCCCGGAAUCGUAUCCCCUGAUGAAGGAGUGCAUUUGGGAGAUAAUUGCACCACCGAAACACAAAAUCUCAUUGAACUUUACACAUUUCGAUUUGGAGGGCACAUCACAUCCGCAAUCCGACUGUGGCUACGAUUCGGUGACCAUUUACUCCAAGCUCACCGAGAAUCGCCUCAAGAGAAUUGGAACGUUUUGUGGCAGCGCCAUUCCCCCCACGGCCACGUCGGACAGCAAUGCGUUGCGUGUUGAGUUCCAUUCGGAUAAGUCAGUGCAGGGCUCUGGCUUUGCAGCCGUAUUCUUUACGGACAUUGACGAGUGUGCGGUGAACAAUGGAGGCUGUCAGCACGAGUGUCGCAAUACCAUUGGCUCGUACAUGUGCUUCUGCCACAAUGGACACUCGUUGCACGAGAAUGGACACGAUUGUAAGGAGGGAUUAUGCAAGUUCGAGAUAUCAGCUACGUUCGGCACUAUCUACAGUCCCAACUAUCCGGACAAUUAUCCGCCAAAUGCGGACUGUGUUUGGCACUUUUCAACCACACCCGGACAUCGCAUUAAACUUAUCUUUAACGAAUUCAAUGUGGAAUCCCAUCAGGAAUGUACCUAUGAUAAUGUGGCCAUAUACGAUGGUGAAUCGGAGCUCAGCUCCUUACUGGGACGCUUCUGUGGAGACAAAAUACCUUAUCCCAUAUCGUCAACUACAAAUCAGCUCUAUAUGGUCCUAAAAACGGACAAGAACAAACAGAUGAACGGUUUUAUGGCAAUGCAUUCGACUUCCUGCGGUGGAUAUUUGCGUGCCACAAAUCAAGUACAAAAUUUCUACUCCCAUGCGAGAUUCGGUUAUCAGGAUUACGACGAUAAUAUGGACUGUGAGUGGACCAUUCAAGCACCGCCCAAUAGCAAUGUUCAGCUGAUCUUCAUCACUUUCGACAUCGAGAGCAGCGAGAACUGCACCUACGACUAUGUCCAGGUAUUCUCUGGUAUGGAGGACACUAGUGGACCCAUGUAUGGCCAGUACUGUGGUAUUGUGCCGCCGCAGGACAUCAUCUCGAUGACGGAUUCGUUGUUGGUGCGCUUCAAGACCGACAGCUCGGUGCCAAUGAAAGGAUUCUCGGCCUCGUAUGUGGCUGUUGAUCCCUUCGACAAUAGUGACGAGGAUGUGGAAAAUUCAUAUAGCUCCGAGAUGGUUACACCAUUUCCGGGCUCACUUAAAAGCAUUUACAUAGAGAGUACCGAGGAGACGGAAGACUACGGUGACAUUAGUGAGAACCAGCUGGUGGUGAAUACUCAGUAUCAUCGCAGUAAGAUCUUGCCCAUCAGUUACCAAUCCUGGAGGAAUUAGGCAAUGAAAAUGAAGACGAUACAUAGAUUUGCUGGAGACGCACAAAAUCAUGACAAUAUUUAAAAAAACGGAAUUUAUUUAACUAUUUAGGCAUAUCGUCGCGUACAUAUAGCAACAUUUUUGCUCUCUUAACAUAAUCAUAGACUUCGUUUUUGACCAUGAUGAUCCCAAUAUUAAGUAUAUAUAGAUAUUCAGAACAAAUCGUUAGGUUAUAGAAUGCCAGGCAUAUCGCGUAAAAGUGCAAAAAGUAAAUAAAAAAAUUCGGAAACUAUAUUGAUAAUUUGAAAAUUAAUAAAUUGAUCGAUUUAGCAAAGGACCGGAACCUUUGAUCUUAUAUCAUUGAUAUAUCAUGUAAAAUAUAUGAUAAUUUCACAAUUGCCAUAUAUAAUAUUUAUUAAUAUUUCCUUUAGGCACUUCCUUAAUUCUUCAACAAUUGUAUCUAUUUAAGUCUUAACUAUACUUUAAUUUUUACUCUUAUCUCAAUGUGCAAUUUAUACUGAUUUGCAAUAUUAUUGCAUUUUUCAGAUAAUACUUACUAUUCCUAGAGCAUUUUCUUUAAUUUCAAUUUAGACUAAGCUCAAAAGUUGCCAAAUUUCAAUACAUUGAAAAACCAUUAAUCUUAAACAGUACAGGACAGAAAACUUAUGUGUGUAUCAAUAAUUCUAAUAACUUUGAAUCAACUUAAUACGUAAUUAAAUAUAUGAACUAUUAAUUAGUAUGUUUAAAAACUAA